GCGCUAUAGCCGUAUACCUUAAGAAGACUAAUCGGUGCUUAUGGAGACUAAGUAGAGAGAUCAAUAUCAGUUCUGAUGGCAUAUUUCAACACAAAUAGUUCAUCAAGACCAAACGGUAAAUUCGAAAGAUCGCGGAGCUCGCCGUUUUUCUCGGGCGGGCUCUCUAGCGCCCCCCUCGCCUGUCAGGCCAGCGAUGAAACGGCUCCGUUAGCUGUGUUAGUGCUGACUGACUGCUGCAGUUGGACGGACGGUAACUGUGCUGCACAGACUGAAACCAUCUGAAAAUGGAGCACGAGGACCUGAUUAAUCCUUCUGGGGAGAACGUGGUGUCUGCUGUAGCCAGCAUGGCUAUCAGUGACGGCCCUCAGCAAGGCCUGAAGAACGGGACGGCACCGCAUAUGGACCCAGGGGCAGGCCAGGUCAAAGACGAGACAGAGGGCUCAGAACCCAAGGAAGCCACUCAAGAGCCUGUGGCAGAAGGCACAGAGCCUAAAGCCUCCUCCCCUCACAUGGAUGUGGGAGUGUCUGCAGGGACAGCUGGAGCAGGUGAAGACGGGUUAACACCAGGAGGACUCUCCCUGCCACACAGUGGCAGGAGCAGCGUGGCAUCGGUGGACGGGGAGGAAGAGCAUGUGAACGGGGACCGAGCUGGGUCUGUGAGCCCACGCCAGUUGCUCGAGUACCCCCAGGCAUCGUCAGUCGACCGAGCUGUCGGGUUUGGGCCAGCGGUGCUGAAAUUUGACGACCAGGAGAAGAUGAGUUCUUCAGGGGAGACAGUCGCAAAACAUGAUCUGAGUGAUUCCGAAGACAAGAGAAAGGAAGACAAAGCCAGGAAUGGUAAGAAGGAUGAGAGUGGACCGGUUGGAUCUGCUUAUGAGGAAGAGUUAGUGGUGAGUCAUGGCAUGCAGCCUCCUGACUCUUACAUGGAAGAUCAGGAGAAGGAGGAAAAGGAAGGGGAAGAGGAAGAGGAAGAAGAACAUGAAGAAGAAGAGGAAGAGGAAGAAGUGGACCAGGACAAAGAACCCGUUCCAUUGGAGCACAGUGCUGUUGUCCCACACAAACAGGAAGUGGCUGACAUUGAGCAUGGUCAAGCCCUGUACCAGCCUCCAGUAAGCCCUGAGGAAGCAAAGAAGCGAGGGCUAUCAUUUGACUACACUGAACCCCAUGAGCCUGGUCACCAGGACACCCCGGAGGCCUGGCAGAAUGGCCGCGAUAAGACCCCCCCAGAGAGCAGGAGCCCUGACUCCUGCAGAGCUGGUCCAGGGUCCCCCUUCCUCCCUAGUGCUUCAGCUGGCCCCACCCAGGAAUUACUCCUCACCGCUAAGGAUGACGGACCAAAGGAAGAACAAGAAAAUGAAGAGGAAGAGGUCAGCAUUUCCUUAGCCCACCAGCAGGUGGCAGCAUCUAAGAUGGAGCCUGAAGACGACACUAUGCCAGAGGAGCCAAAGGAUGCCAAGCAGGAGAGGCCAGAGAAGUACCUUGAGACCACAGAUGAAGAUCUCAUUGCUACUGUGAAAACAGUGCAGAAGCACCCAACUGCUGCUAAACCAGAACCAGCAGUUCCUGUGGGUGAUGAUGCUGGUAAACCCAGUGCUGAAAAACAAGUCAUAGCAGCAACGAUCAAAACAGAACCUGUCAUAGAUACUCCUGUUAAAAAAAAGAAGCCUGUUGCCACGGUGGCUGCAACUCCUUCCCCCAAGUCUGCAGCAAAACCCCAGAAACCCCCCCCAAAAGACGUCGCGCCAGACCGAAAAACAAGCGCCUCAUCAAAAGCCAAGGCGGGAGCCGGAGCAGCAGCUAAUAAAAACACUAAGACACCUUCCCCCUCCACACCAGCCAAAGCUAGGCUCACCUCUACCCCUAAACGAGGUUCAUCAAUCACAGUGUCCCACUCCAAACACACUUCAGCCUCCCCUUCUGUCACGGGCAGGGCAGGCUCUCUAAACUCUAAACAACACAUUCUAGGAGCCACCAAGACUAGAGCCGCAGCUGGUGAUGUGAAGACAAAGGCCCCAGGUGCUAAACCUCAGGGAGUGAGCACCAAAAUCCCUUCAGCUGAGUCUCCCAGGACUCCUGACCGCAGCGGAUGCAGCAGCCCCGCCACACCCAAGUCUCCGGCCAGCCGGGCCAGCACGCCCGGGCAGCAGGUGAAGAAGGUGGCAGUGGUGCGCACCCCACCCAAGUCGCCUGGCUCGCUCAGGUCCCGCACCCCCAUCGCCCCUGUUGCCCCCAUGCCCGACCUGAAGAACGUCAAAUCCAAGAUCGGCUCCAUUGAGAACAUCAAACACCAGCCUGGGGGAGGGAAGGUGCAAAUCCUUGAGAAGAAGAUGGAUCUCAGCAGCGUUCAGCCAAAGUGUGGCUCCAAAGCCAACAUCAAGCAUACCCCAGGAGGUGGCAACGUUCAAAUUGUGAACAAAAAGAUGGAUCUGAGUAACGUGCAGUCAAAGUGUGGGUCAAAGGUCAACCUUCACCACAAACCAGGUGGAGGGAAUAUUGAGAUCAAAACGGAAAAGCUGGAGUUCAAAGCUCAGUCAAAAAUCGGAUCUCUGGAGAACAUUGGGCACGUUCCUGGUGGUGGAGCAAAGAAGAUUGAGAGCCACAAGCUGAUGUUCAGGGAGCAGGCCAGGGCGCGCACCGACCACGGUGCCGAGAUCGUGGUCAAGUCCCCGGGCGCGUCCGCCGAAGGCUCCCCUGGCCUCAGCAAGGUGUCUUCCUCCGGCAGCAUCAACAUGACAGAAUCUCCGCAGCUCUCCACGCUAGCCGACCAAGUCUCCGCCUCCCUCGCCAAGCAAGGCCUGUGAUUCAACCCCACCCCCACAACUACACACGGGAAUUAUAGCAAGGGAGGAAGACCAAAAAAAAUUUAAAAAAUUUAAAAAAAUAAAACCAAAAAGAAAGUUUGUCAGUCUUUAAAAAAAAAAAAAAAAAAAAAAAAGGGUAAAAAAAGCGCUUGAUGGAUUGCCACAGUGAAGAUAUAUAAAUUUUGGCUCAUGACAGCUGGGGAUACAUAAUUAAUUACAUUAUUGGCUUGAUAUCUCUGAUUAAUUGAACUGAAUUUGUUGCUGUAUUGAUCCAUGUGGUGAUUUACAGCACUAGGAAGUCCAUCUACAAGGUUAAGAAUUUUAAUUUGUAUUUAUGAAAUGCCACCUUGGCCUCGCUUUCUGUUGCUGUCUCUGCUUUGUUGCCUUAUUGUGAAUGCUUUUUUUUUUUUUUUUUUUUUUUUUUUUUUAACCUUUCAUUUAUUUUCUCCAUAUUCCUGUCUUUAAUUUGACAUCAACCAGAAGAGAACUGAUUUUUGUGAAUUAUAUUAAUGCAAAGAAAAUAACAUACUCACCGGAAUAGAACUGCAAGGGUUUAAUAAGAUGAUCCUUCUUUUUCGUUAAGGACGAGUAAAGUGAGGUGCUGAGUUGUCUGUCUGUACUUAACCCCGACUUGAAGAAAGGCUGUAAUUCAGUGGAAUCCUAACAGCCACAUCUUAAUGACGCUUGUCCAUACUGUGAUGCUAAAGGGACUUCCUGUACCUUGGUAUUUUAUAUGCAAGGUGCUGUGCAGUUGACAGUCCAGCAUAUCUGGGAAUAUCUGGUUCAAAAAUAAGUAAAUAAAUAAAUAUUCCUAAUGGCCUAACUAGUGAACAGAUUUCUGAGUUGGCAAAAAAAAAAUGCCCAAAAGAAAUUAAAAUACAUACAAAUAAAACAACUGACAGAAACCUGUAUAAAGUGCUCCUCUUGUACACUGGUCUAAAGAUUCCUGCCAACUAUAUGGAAGUUCAAGACCUGUUGUAAUAGAAUAGUAGAAAGAUUGUUCAAAUUCUUGGUUGUCACCAAAUUUUAAUAUGUACAUUUACUAACGAUUACCUAGAAAAUGGGAAAACAGGGUAUGGCUCCACACUCCACAUGCACCAUGUCUCCUCAUAGCCCUACACUGAAUGCACCAGUGUUUAAAAAUCAUGGCUUGGGUCUGCUGUUUUUGCAUAUACUCAUAUGGGAUUUAACUGUGGGAGAUCGUCCACCUCUCUGACACAAGGUACUGUGCAAUCACCUGCCUCCUGAAACAACCAGGCCCUCUCAUAAAUGUGUCGUUCCGCCCCAGUAGCUCCCUGUGGGAGACACUCUGUUCCAAAGAAUGUGUGAAUGGACGUGUGCAGGUGACCAGACCUCAAAAUUGUUCUAUAUGAAAGAAAACAAUUUAUCACAUUGGAUUGUCACUCUCCAGAGAAAGAAUAUAUGCCUUGAUGACUAAUCUGUUGUGGUUAAAGGCCAGGAAACACAUUAAAUUUAUACACUCAACAGGCCUGGUGAGAAAGGUAGUUUGUUAGUUUAAGAAGUGCCUCCCUCUGCCUCAUUGACUAACAUUUCAGACAAAUGUAAAUAGCAAUCGUGGGAAAUGAACGCCCAUCUGGGAGAAAAAAAGAUGCAACAGCAAAUAAGAAUGCCCUUUUCUUCCAAAUAGUUGCUAGAAUCUGCUGCAUUAUCUGGCCGAUCAUAUAGUGUGGCGUAAUGCCAGUUUUCUGUGGAUUUGGAGAAACUUUAGUCUUUGUUGAUCAAACACACUGGCGCUUCUACAACAUAGACUCCUGGCACACAGCUUUGCAAGAUUUUAGAUUGUUUUUGAUCAUCCAGUCACCCACCUGAUCCUCCCCACCCACCUGUCCAAUACCAAAAUCCUGCUUAGUUUAACUUGCACAAGAGUUUGCCUCCUCAAACACUACUGGAAUCAAAAUAUUACCAUGGGGGCAGGGGGGGUUAAUUAUUAUUAUUUUUUAAAUCCACACACUGCACAAAAUCCAAGCUGCACAUUUCGUAAUAGCAUUUGUGGAUGUGAGAUGUAACAUGUGAGAUGUAACAUGUGAGAAAACACCAUUGUCACUCACUCGAUAUUGAUUAUGCCCUUUUUUUUUUUUUAUCUUCAGUGCACCUCAGCCUUUUCCUUUUGAUAUUUACAAAAACAAAUAAAUAAAAUGUAAAAAAAAAAAACCCCAGAAAACUAUGAACUUAGUUGGAGCUGCCUCUUAUCCACAGAUGUUUCACACUCCUAACUGCAACAUACAAAUUCAGAAAAUGUAGAAAACCCAAAGGUAAAACAUGUUGGAGGGCAAACUGUCUGCCCAUUUCCUGUAGCUUUUUCCUAACACUGAUGAAUCAUACUACAGCUGAUGAGAUCAGCACUCAACCCAACCUGAGAAGGCUGGGAAACUGCUCCACGGUCAGUUGGCAUGAAGCAGCAGCUGUGCUGAUCAUAUAUUGGAUUCCUCUUGUUCAAAUUGAUAUUGCUCACAUGUUUGGACUGGAAUUGAUGCAUAUAUGAAACCAUUUGAAAUAUAAUCCAAGCUGGCUCUAGGCAACAACAGACCUGUUCGGAGACAGUUCAUGGCUCAUGUCUUGUUGAGUCAGGGACCAUUUUCCUAACCAAGAUCGCUGAGAACAGAUGGGGAAACCUGGUCCUGGAUCAGCACUCUUGCUGCCGAAUGCUUUAUGAUGUGGUUUCUGACCCCAAAGUCCUUCAACCUGCUCAGUGUACUGCUUGCUUAAAGGAGACUGGAGAAGUUCAAAAGGGGCAUUGAAAAACAAACUUCUAGGAAUGAAGGUUCUGAUUUAAACUGUUGUUUGUCUUGUCAAAAAAUUAAAAUCCUGCAAUUUCUCAAUAGGAAAAGAUGUAAUCCGUUUCAGCCAUCCAUAAAUACCGUAUACUCUGCAGUUCUACAGUCGUGCGCGUUAUCGUAGUUGUGUUUUAUCAGUUGAUUUACACUCAUACACAUAGAUGUAAACGUGGAUUUGGAAAUAAAAGUCGGUAUUAUUAAACUGC